AUGGCUCCAAAAGCUGGUGGUGAUUCUGCUAAAGUUAAUUCAGCCGUAUAUAAAGAUAAAAGCAAACCUGCUGACAUUCGCCUUAGCAAUAUCAAUGCCGCUAAAGCUGUAUCUGAUGCCAUCAGGACUAGCCUGGGUCCUCGUGGGAUGGAUAAAAUGAUUCAAGCAGCUAAUGGUGAAGUAACAAUUACAAAUGAUGGAGCUACUAUUUUAAAACAGAUGAGUGUAGUACAUCCAGCUGCAAAAAUGCUGGUGGAGUUAUCAAAAGCUCAAGAUAUAGAGGCUGGAGAUGGCACAACAUCUGUAGUGGUGAUUGCCGGAGCUUUGCUUGAUGCAGCUGAGAAAUUGCUUCAGAAGGGUAUCCAUCCUACUGUCAUUUCUGAUGGCUUCCAAAAAGCUCUUCAAAUGGCAUUGCAGGUUGUUGAAGGAAUGUCAACACCUGUAGAUUUAGCAAAUGAAGAUGCACUUUUGAAAGCAGCUGCUACGUCACUGAACUCUAAAGUGGUCUCUCAGCACUCUACAAUUUUGGCACCAAUUGCUGUCCAAGCUAUUCGUGGAGUUAUGGAGCCAAUCGUGGGUGGAGUGGGCGCUCGUGUGGAUUUAAGAGAUGUAAAGGUGAUUGAACGUAUUGGUGGCACAGUGGAAGAUACUGAGCUAAUUAACGGACUGGUGAUCCCGCACCGUGCGUCUAACGUCAAUGGACCUCAUCGUAUUGAGAAGGCUAAAGUCGGUCUUAUACAAUUUUGUAUAUCACCACCAAAAACUGAUAUGGAUCACAAUGUGAUUGUAUCAGAUUAUGCUGCAAUGGACCGUGUAUUAAAGGAAGAGCGUCAGUACAUUUUGAAUAUUGUAAAGCAGAUCAAGAAGGCUGGUUGUAAUGUGUUAUUAGUACAGAAGUCUAUUUUAAGAGAUGCACUGAGUGACUUGGCAAUUCAUUUCUUGGAUAAAAUAAAAACAAUGGUAAUUAAAGACAUUGAGCGUGAAGAUAUUGAAUUUGUUUGUAAGACAUUGGGAUGUCGUCCAAUCGCUUCUUUAGAUCAUUUUACAGCUGAGAACUUGGUUAACGUUGAUCUCGUUGAAGAGGUGAAUGAACCCUCUGGAAGGUAUAUCAAGAUGAGCGGGUGCGCGGGCGGUGGGAAAACUGUUUCGGUGCUGGUGCGCGGCACGAGCGGCGCCGUGGUGGCGGAGGCGGCGCGCUCGCUGCACGACGCGCUGUGCGUGGUGCGCUGCGUGGCGCGCCGCCCCGCGCUCGUGGCUGGCGGGGGAGCCCCCGAGGCCGCCGCCGCCGCCGCCCUGGCGCGCGCUGCCAUCACAGCUCCCGGUGCUGAUCACUACUGCCUCAGGGCAUAUGCUGACGCGCUGGAAGUUAUACCGUCUACUUUGGCCGAAAAUGCUGGUCUGAACCCCAUCGAGACGGUGACAGAACUGCGCGCAGCUCACGCGGGCGGCACGGCCAACGCGGGCGUCAACGUGCGCCGCGGCCGUGUCACCGACAUGCGCCACGAGCACGUGCUGCAACCGCUGCACGUUACCGCCUCCGCGCUCGGCCUCGCCACAGAGACGGUGCGAGCUAUACUCAAGAUUGAUGAUAUUGUUAAUACAGUCAAU